ACUCAGUACAUGUUGAUGGCAACAUGAAACUAUACCGAUUUAAAUCUGCAAGACCACGAAAGAGAGAUACCUACUACAAUGAUGUCUUUGUUGCCCCUAAUGACAAGGUUGAUCAACAUAUAAAUAAGGUUUACAAAGGUUCCAAGGGAAAUAUUGUCAAGGGAGACAAAGAUUGCAAGUGUGGGGAAACCAAUUGGAGAGCCGCAGGAAAUACUCUGCAAAAAAAGAAAAAUCUUGUUGAAACUGRACUCGAAAUUGCUGGUUGUAGACAUGCAUUAGCUCAAAAAUUUCUUUUGGUAUGAUGUUGUUUGCAAGUAUUGGCSGUGGCUAGAGAAACAUGAUAAUGGGAAUCAUUCUAAAAUGAAGCCAGCCCUUUCAAUGUUUCAUGCUAAAGUACAUUCAUGG